AUGCGCGGGCUCAAUCGACGAGACUCUCAAGUUCUGGCCACUGGAAUGGAGCGGAGGUGGAGAGCCGCUGAAGAGCACCCGUGGUGGGGCUCCAAAUCGCACGCAGCCCACGCCAGGAUGAGCGCGCUAGCCCCCCACUCUCUGUCUCUCACUGCACCGUCGGAGCAGGAGGAGCAAGACGAGCAAGUGAGGCGGGAGGUGCAUGCAGCCAAUGAGAACCCUUCGCUUAGUGUGGCGGUCGACCUGUGCCUUACCUAA